AUGUCUUUAAAAUCGAUUAUCACUUUACUUUUCAUCUUCUCUGCUAUCUUAAGCGUGCAAGCAGUAGCAAGAAUUAAUAAUCCAAUUGGGGGAACCGUGUGGAAAAUUGGUUCGAAAGCUAUCGUUAGUUGGUAUGUUGACGGCACAACUGACGCAAAUAAAGUUAAUUUGGUAUUGAAAGCUGGCGACCCAAAUUCUUUACAAUUUAUUGCGCUUAUUGCUAAAGAUGUUCCGGUUGCUCAGGGUUCACUUGAGUAUUUGGUGCCAGGCAAUCUUGUAACUUCUGAUGCAUACACAGUUGGCGUUGGUUCGGAUGAUACCGACUAUAAUUACUCGCAUUACUUCAGAAUUGAAGCGACUCCAGUAAAUUCGGGAAAUAAUCUUGUGUUUUCUGGUUUUGGCAGUGUCGUGACUGGUUUAUUAUCGGUUGCUGCUUUAUUUUUCACCUUUUUCUAG